AAGAAAACCGUAAAGGAUAUGUCAGAGAAUCAACGAGAACUGGCUCCAGAUAUUACUGCGGAUACGGAAGAUGUUAUAGAUACUGAGGAAGAGCUCAUCAAACAGUGUGAGGAAAUGUGGAAAGACAUGGAAGAAUGUCAGAAUAAAUUAUCACUUAUUGGAACCGAGACACUCACUCCUUCAAAUGCUCAGCUCUCAUUACUUUUUAUGCAAAUGAAAUGUUUGACUGCUGAACUUGGUCAAUGGAACAAAAGAACACCUGAAAUAACUCACUUGACUGAAGAUGUUUUGGUAACAUUAGGAAAAGAAGAGUUCCAAAAAUUGAGACGUGACCUUGAAAUGGUGCUAUCAACUAUUCAAUCAAAGAACGAAAAGUUAAAGGAAGACUUAGAAAGGGAACAGCAAUGGUUGGAUGAACAGCAGCAAAUACUGGAAACUCUUAAUGCAUUACACAGUGAUUUGAAAAAUCAGGUUGUGCCAUUUUCUGAAUCAAGAGUCUUUAAUGAGCUAAAAGCUAAGAUCCGUAGUAUAAAAGAAUUUAAGGAGAAGCUCUUGAUUACCUUGGGUGAGUUUCUAGAAGAUCAUUUUCCUCUGCCUGAUGGAAAUAUUAGAAAGAAACAGAGAAACAUUCAAGAAUCAAAUGUGCAGCUGAUAACACUGAAUGAAAUAUUAGAGAUGCUUAUAAAUAGGAUGUUUGAUGUUCCACAUGACCCAUAUGUUAAAAUUGGUGAUUCCUUUUGGCCGCCGUACAUUGAGCUGCUUCUGCGUUAUGGAAUUGCUUUGAGACACCCAGAAGAUCCAUCCCGAAUAAGAUUAGAAGCCUUCCAUCAAUAAAAUGAUGGUCUAUUUUCACACAGUAUGGAAUCUUGACCUCCACGGAUAAAGAAAACACAGGACUAU